CUUGGGACGUCUCCCGGAAGCGCGCACGUGCAAGCCGUCCGCGUACGUCAUGGCGGCUAGACGCCUCUUUCGGGCUACCAGAACGUGGGCAGGCUGGGGAGCCCGGGAACUCACCGACCCUGGCCCUCCUGGAAGACUCUUGGUCCGGGAUUAUGCCAAGAAGCCGGUCAUGAAGGGGGGCAAAGGCGGCAAGAGCGCCAUGGUGGGCGACGCCCUGAAGGACCCGGACGUGUGCACAGACCCCGUCCGGCUCACCACGCACGCCAUGGGCGUCAACAUCUACAAGGAGGGCCCGGACGUGGCCCUGAAGCCGGACGCCGAGUACCCCGAGUGGCUGUUCCAGAUGAACGUGGGUCCCCCCAAGAAGCUGGAGGAGCUGGACCCCGAGACCCGGGAGUACUGGCGGCUGCUGCGGAAACAGAACAUCUGGCGCCACAACCGGCUGAGCAAGUCCCGGAAGUUCUAGCGGGACUGGAUGCGUCGGACUGGACGGGCCAGGAGCCUGGCCUCCGGAGGGCAGCUGGGGAGGGGCGCGGAGCCUGCACCUACCCCACCCAGGACUUUCUCCUUGCCCAGAGCCGACAGACCCCCGCCGCGAGGCCGAACCUGGCCCCGGGGCCAAUAAAGAGCGCUCUGGGAGACCCAUG